AUGUCUGAGCUCGAGACGGGUGGUGAGGGCCUUGAGCUGGUCCGCAAGUUGGGCUCUGGCAGCUUUGGCGCUGCCUAUCUGGUUCGCGACACCCAUGAUGAUGAUGAGAUGCGUCAUCCCAAUAUCCUUCAGUACUUUGAUCGAUUCGUUGAGGGCGACAUGCUCUGCCUCCUGACCGAGUAUUGUGACGGCGGCGACCUGAGCCAGCGGCUGGCUCUGCUGAAGCAGGAGCAGCGUGUGCUCACCGAAUCAGAGGAAAAGGCCACCACGUUUGCUGGAACACCCUUCAACAUGUCUCCCGAAGCGCUGCAAGGCAUCGGUUACAACUUCAAAUCAGAUAUGUGGAGUGUCGGCUGUCUGCUCUACGAGAUGGCCACGCUUGAGCCCGCCUUCUCGGGCACGGGCCUUCUCGCCCUCCUUUACCAAAUCUGCGAAAAUGAGACGCCGAGCCUCCCAGAUCGCUAUUCGGCCAGCUUACAAAACAUACAAACAAGCCUCUGGUCUCGUGACCCGGAAAAACGCCCAUCAGCGGCCCAAGUUCUCCGCGACCCCUUGCUCCGGGAACACAGCGCUGUCAUGCAAUGCGAGCUCGACGGACAGGGUUCGCAGUUACAGCGUGAUCGUCGUGCCAUCCAAGCGCUAGGUCACCAGACGCACUCCCGGCGAAGGCACCGCACACCGAGCGCGCAUAACCAACGUCGAGCCUCAGCCAACGACACUGUCCCGGCUGGUGUCCAAGUUCAGGAUGUCCGGGUCGAAGGGACGCAAAACAGAUGGGGCACGGGCGACGACACGCUGACCAGCUCCGCCAUGGAUAGUACGGCACGCUCCGACGGUGACGACAUGGCCCUUGCCAUGCAGGCUUGGCUGCAGACCACGGUCAAAGGCAGUGUGCAUGCAGCGCCCCCGCAAGCCGAUGCAGUCAAAAACCACGCCGCCUCUGGCAGCCUGACACCGCGGCCCGCCGCUGACCGCUUAGAAUCUAGCCAGGCGGCCCGCACCAUGCGAGAUGCAAAUCACAAGAUUUACGAGAAACAACGCGCCUCCAUGCACAAGUCGAGUGUCGAUGUUUUUCUUCGAUCCCGCGACCAACGUGCUGCAUGCCCGGCGUCGGCUGCGGAGGAGCGACCUUCCUCGCCGUAUAUGCCCUCCAUAUGCAGCCCCGAAGCUGAGACGCGCCAUCGUAAGCUAUCCAGCUCCCUGCGCUCAAAUGACGGCUUGCCAACGUCACGCGACGAGGGCAGCAAAUCAUCAUCGAGUGACAUACGGGGCUCGACCCAUCGCCCGUUGAGUGGAGACCUCCUCUCUCUCCAUCAAGGCAUGGCUGAGCUGAUGUCAACCCCCACGGAGCGACAGGCUGCGCAGCGGCGCGGAAGCGGUCGGGCGGCACCGCUAGGCAGUGGUCGCAGUCCCGUUCGCGAUCAACUGUCUGCGCACCGUCGACCCCCGAGUGGGGCACAUGCGUCGCACAUUCCAGUGCCCCAGGUCAACCUUGGUCUUUCCCUCCCGCCAGGUGUUGGUACCAAACAAAGGGGGAGCACCUUGCUGAGCGAGGAUUCGGUGGACGAUGAGGCAAGCACUUGCAACGACACUCUGCGACAUCAGCGGUCAAAGUCGGAGGAUUCCCGCGUGCUUGACCUCUUGCAAAACGAUGACAGCGUCCGCAUCACGCUACGCAGCAUGGCGGGGCAGUCGCGUCGUGCGCGGCCAUCCGCUCAAGGCUUUGAUGCAAUCAAUGCGCCUAGUCCAAACCCGUCACUUUCAAGCACGGGUUCGCGCUCGCGCGGUGAUUCAGCCACCAGUGUUCGUGAACGUGAGCGUGCCGGCAGCCUGUCGUGGAUGCGGCAGGAACAAAGCUACCUCAACGAUAGUUUUGAGUCCUACGAAGAAAGCGAUGGUGAGGAAUCUGGCCGAGGCACCAUGCAAGACACCAUUGAACUGCGAAACCUUCGAGCAGAACUUGAUGCCCUGAGUCGGAGCCCAGAGACAGACACCGGGCCCAGGGGGGUAUGUUUCUUGUGCAUGCUUGCUCGCCCUACAGGUGUACGUGCUGGCCUGCUUCACUCAAAGCUUGGAUACCAUGGUUUUGACGUUGACAUAGCUGAUGGCUGA